AAACAAGUUAGCAGCACUGAAACUACAAAUUGAGGUAAAAAUCUUAAACAAAAAGUCAUUUGUGAUUUUUAAAGUGCACUGAACUUCCGUAAAGAGUACCACACAACAACAAAAGCAAAACAAACAACAGUUAAAGCCCCAGCAGCUGAACAUGGAUUUUGAGCAUGCCGAUAACGAUAACGAAAAUGAGCAUAAUCCGAAUUUAUCCUCGGAGAGCAGCAGCGCCAGCAGCAACAAUAGCAAUUUACAGGCAGACGAAACAGCAGCAGUAGCAACAACAACAACAGCAACUGCAGUAGCAGCAUCAGCAGCUGUUAAUGAUAGUGCUGCUAGCAGCAGCUCAGCUGCAGUGCUGUUAAUUAACAUUGAUGCUGUUAGCAGCACAACAAAUACAGAACAAGAACAACAGCAACAGCAACAACCACUACAAACUGAAGCUGAACAUGAGCAUUCUCCCACUCCUACUCUACAGCAACCACAGGCAGCAGAAGCAGCAGACGAGCGUGUUGAGGAGGAGCAGCAGCAGCAGCAGCAGCAGGCAAUUGAGGAGCAGCAGGAGCAACAGCAGUUGCCGCCUCCAGAAAUAAUUGACGCGGACGCCAUUGCCGAUACAAUUGACGCGGGCGCAAUUGAUAACGAUAACGACGCCGUCGUGGAGCGUAUUGACGAUUACGACGACGAGGACGACGGUGAGGAAGGCGACGACGACCUCGACGAGGAGGAGGAGGAGGGCGACGCCGACCGCGACGCUGUCGCCGCCGCAGCAGCAGCAGAAGCUGGUGGAUCAACGUCAGGAUCAGUCAGUGGUCAGCAGCGUCUGCAUUCUGUGGCCGUCUUGCCGAGCUAUUCCACUGCCGGUCAAAGCGUUGCACGUGCCUCACUGCCACCACUAUUGCGUGCACCACGCACCAAUCACAACAACAGCAACAAUAAUAAUAACAACAACAACAACAAUAAUAAUAAUAAUAAUAAUAAUAUCAACAUUAACAAUAGCGGCCCUUCAAGCUCAUCGAGCAGCUCGCGACGCACGCGUCACUUUUACAGCAACAACGGCAGCCACUUCAGCAACGACAUGUACGCCGGCAGCAGCCACAAAAGCUCCAGCCAGAGCCACCAGAGCCACAGCCACAGCUCCCCACGCACGGCCAGCAGUAGCGGCAGCAGCGCAGCUCGCACCCAGAAUCCGAAUCAGUCGCAUCAAGGCGUAGAUCCUCUGCGUCUGCUCUAUCCGAAUGUCAACGAGAACGAGACUCCGUUGCCACGCUGCUGGAGUCCACACGACAAGUGCCUGACCAUUGGACUCUCGCACAACAACCUACGUGUCACUUACAAGGGAGUGGGGAAACAACACAUUGAAACAGCAGGCUCUGUACGAACUGCAUACCCGAUACCAUCGUCCUGUGGCCUUUAUUACUUUGAGGUGCGGAUCAUUUCAAAGGGUCGCAAUGGUUACAUGGGCAUUGGACUGACUGCCCAACAGUUUCGCAUGAAUCGCUUGCCAGGUGGAGACAAGCAGUCGUAUGGCUAUCACGGCUACGAUGGCAACUCGUUUAGCUCCUCGUGCAAUGGCCAGUCAUAUGGUCCUACCUUUACCACUGGCGAUGUCAUUGGCUGUUGUGUCAACUUUGUGACCAACACUUGUUUCUAUACUAAGAACGGUGUCGACCUGGGCAUAGCAUUUAGGGACUUACCAACCAAACUCUACCCCACGGUCGGUUUGCAAACACCUGGCGAGGAAGUGGAUGCCAAUUUUGGUCAGGAACCAUUUAAAUUUGAUAAAAUUGAGGAAAUGAUGAAGGAGAUGCGUGCUAAUGUACUGCGCAAAAUCGACAGAAAUCCUCAUUUGCUGGAAACGCCCGAGAACCUAAUGAAUAGACUGGUCUCGACUUAUUUGGUGCACAGUGGCUACUGUAAGACAGCCGAGGCUUUUAAUGGCUACACACAGCAGACUUUCGAUGAGGAUAUAUCUUCAAUCAAGACACGUCAAAAGAUAAUCAAGCUCAUACAGACGGGCAAAAUGAGCCAAGCCAUUGAGAACACGCUGCGUGCUUAUCCGGGUCUCUUGGAAAAUAACAAGAAUCUUUGGUUUGCACUCAAGUGCCGUCAGUUUAUCGAGAUGAUCAAUGGCGCUGAUAUUGAGCAUGCCAAUAAUAAAGUAACCGCCACCACACAGACUAUGCCAACAAAUCAAACAUCGGUCAUACAGUCGACCAAGGCGUUCAAGCACAGCAAAAGCGGCAGCGGUAGCAGCACCACCAACAGCGCCACCAGCACCACCACCGCCAUCAACACCAAUACCAACAACCAGCCACAAAACAACACUGCGAACUCAGCUGUGAUAAAACCAGGCGAUAAACCAGAACCCAAAAACAUGAUUAUUGAUGACAACUCCAACAAGUGUCCGGAGCACGAUUCAAAUAGCAUGGACGUGGAAAUGGAGCCUUGCAACAGUCACUCCAAUGGCGAUUCCUGUUCUAAUGGCAAUGCCAACGCAGCGCGUAACUCUCUAGAUGCCAUCGAUGAGGAAAUGGAUGUGGACGUCUCGCCCUCUUCUCGUAAUUAUGGGCGUGUCAUUGAGAAGAUACUGGAAUUUGGCAAGGAACUGUCCAGCAUGGGACAACAGCUGGAAAAAGAGAACCUCAUGACUGAAGAGGAGCGUCAAAUGUUAGAGGAUGCAUUUAGCUUGAUUGCUUACUCAAAUCCUUGGUCCAGUCCUUUGGGCUGGCUGUUGUGUCCCUCGCGACGUGAAAACGUCUCCACCACGCUCAAUUCAGCCAUAUUGGAGUCGCUCAACUUUAAGCGCCGGCCACCACUUGAAUAUUUGGUGGCACACGCAGCGGAGCUAUUGAAACUAAUUGGACAGCAUUCUUUGGGUGAGGAUGCUUUCAUUACCAUCGAUGAUGUGUUUCCGCAAAAUUGACCCAGUUCGCCGACGCUGCUGAAGAUGUUCGAGACCACGCUGACUUUACCGCGCACCAGCGUGCUAACCGAACCGCUGGGCAGCGUACCCUCCACAUCGACGGCUGCCGUACAGACCACCAAACGGCGUCGUCGUCGCCGUAACAAGCGUCGCCGCAAAUCGUCCAUGUCGAGCAGUGAGGCGCCCUCAUCUAGAACUUAUGAUCCAGUGAUGACGGCAACCAGCAUACGUGGCGGCAGUUCAGGUCCAGGUACAGCACGUCGUGGUCGACAUAGGGGAGUUAGUUCCGCAUCAGCGGCAGCGGCGGCAGCAGCAGCAGCGGCAGCAGCAGGAGCAUCGUCAUCGGCCAUGAGCGGUGGCAGCAGCCCGGCGUUAUAUGUGGAUCCGCACGAUUACUUCGAGACACUCGACUAGAUUAAGAUUAUCAGCAAUUUGCAAUCUGUAAUCUGUAGUAGGUUAAUUCUGUUGUUACUUCAAAUUUUUUACAUGCGCGCUCCCCAAUGCGUCUAUUUAAUGCCCUUCUUUUAAUGGUUUAACAAAUUAAUUAUGCUAACCUAAUACUACGGUAUUGAUGCGAAAUUGUUCAGCAAUUAUGUUUUUUGGCCUUUGAUUUAGCGAGAUUUUAAUAAUGUUUUAAAGCAUAUUUUUAUAUAAUUAGCCUUUCGGAUGUAAGCAUAAAGAAGUGUGUGUAAUAUUAUCUUAUGUAUAAUUAAACAAUUAUUAGAAGCCGUGCUGCGCCACGCCUCCAUCCCCACAUUUUUUAACUAUAUGGCAUACAAUAUUGUGUAUUGUUUUUGUUUCAAUUCGAUGCCAGAUGAUGGAAACGAGAGAUCACCAAAAUAGAUUUAAAUGCAAUACCAA